UGAGCCAGAAGAACACAGUCCGAAAUCCUCGGCCAACCAGUCGAUAAUACAAAGGGACGCCUUAUAUAAAGCUCUCCUCGUCGCCUUCGCACCCAUCUGUACCGCCCUUCGUAACUUCUACCUCGAGGAACCGCACAAACAAGCACUCUACUACCCGUCUCGAUGCGCCUCCUCGUUGUGAUUGCCAUAUUCAUCCUCCUCGCCGCCCUCGCGCGUGCACAGUUCCCCAUCAAACCUGCAUGCGCGCAGCGCUGCGCCGACCAGUCCUGCGGCUUCUUGAGCGACGAGCCUGAUUCGGAGAGGGUCUGCGUGUGCUUCGUGCGCGACAAGGAGGUCGAUGGAUGUAUACAGAAGACCUGCUCGAGCGCAGACCAGAAAAAGGCAUCACAGAGUCUGCAGAGCCUAUGCAAGGAGGAGUAGGCUGCCCACCGUUGCUGAGAGAGCAGGGAAUCGAAGUGGCGACGCGUGCUGAAG